CCUAAUGACCAGCUGUAGUCUACUACGCCUUCGGUACGUUCGUCCUUGUAGCUCCUGCAUAAUACAUACCUUCAUUACGUGGGGCAUUCAUACCAGCAAAGACAUCUCGAGCAAUCCCUUGCCCUCGCCCUCACUAACCCCGUUGCGAUUGCGGACCUUCGCCAUCGUUGUAUAGGGUACCGCUGAAGGCCAGCACCCUCCCGACGUCCUAGGAUUCUGAAUUGAGCACCUGUAGAUAUCCUGUUCAGCAUCGUAUUGUAUCGACUUGCGAAAAGUCAGCGCGAUCAUGGCGACAAAUGUUCAUAGCAUCGCAACCGUGACCGAGAGAGAGGAGACAAACCCUUCAGCUACGUUUCCCUCGACGGGGCCAGACACCCCGCGAGCCUCUCCAUCAGGCGGGCGCUCCUCACUCGAUACCGAUGCCAGAAAUGCUUCAGAUCCAGAGGAACGCGCUUCUCAGAUCGAAGGAAGGGCUUCCGCACCGCCGAUAGAACCGCCAAUCCCUGCAACCUCCGAGACCUCCCCACCAAUUCCAACCGCGGACGCGGUCGAAAUGGUGCCGCCGUUGCCGAAUAUAGAAUACGCAAAAGCCGACGGAAAGAAUGACGAGCAAAGGUCGGAAGCUGUACCGAGAGUUCAAAUACACGCGCAACUCAGGAAGACAUUGGCGCUCUUACGGACCGUGUUGGAGGCGCUACGUGAACGCCGCGCUACACUCCAGGAUGUCCAAUAUCUGGAAGAAACUAUUGAAAACUGCCUUACACGAUUUAGAGUUUGGUCGAUGGAUAUUUUCCAAUAUGAUCGGCCGGAGAUUUUUGGUUCUGAGAAUGUGAACGCUGAACCGAUUCCCGAUGUGCUCGAAAACGCCCACCAAUCAUUCACGAGGUUAAUCCAUCUGCUUGCAGAACUCAACGCUAACUUUAUUGCGAUCACACCAAGAUCAAUUGGACCUCUGCUCAUACAAAAAUUCCCUGAAUGGAAAGACAGCAUUGCGGAAACAAGCUCGAGCAUUCUGACUGAAGGGCCUAAAGUUGUCCUCGCACUUCAGAAGCUAGUCAAGUCAUACCAGGAAAAAUCCAAUCGUAACAGACCAAAAAGCAGGCGUGCGCGUGUGCUAUCUCUAGACGGCGGUGGCGUGCGAAGCUUUGCCAGUCUCCUCAUUUUAAAGGACCUAAUGAGACAUUUAAACGAACUGCGAUCCCAGGGAGCAAAGAACUCUACGGAGCCACUGAGGCCGACCGACGUUUUCGACUACAUGUAUGGAUCAAGUAGCGGCGGACUCAUCGCCAUCAUGCUGGGACGCCUCGGUAUGACGGUCGAAUCCGCCAUCAGUAACUACAUCCAAUACGCCGACCGCAUCUUCAGCUCUCCCAAGCGAUCCUUAUUUGUCGGAAUUACUCGAACCCGAUACAGUGAAAAAAACUUGGUCCACGCCACACGUCUCCUAGUCGGCGACUUCGAUCCAAGCCCUCCUCAUGACCGAUGGCGCCGAGACAUCUUCCGUUCAUCAGACACAAAAACCAAAGUGGGCGUGACAACAUUCGACACAACUACGAAUAAGGCAUACUUACUCCGGUCAUACUCCACCCCAGACGAGGGAUCCUUCGAUACCGACACCCUCAAAGUCUGGGAAGCUGCUUGGGCAACCUCAGCCGCACCCUUUUACUUCCCGCCCAUGCCCUACAAGGACAAAACUUUCAUAGAUGGCGCAAUAUCAGCUAACAACCCAUCCCUUACAGCCUUUAGGGAGGUACUAGAGCACACACAACACAGAGAAAUGAUUUUCGUCAGCAUCGGCAGUGGCGGGUCCAUAUCUCGCCUACCGCGAAAGUCGGGUUUCGAUGUGCUAGGGAUCGCGGCAUACUUAAAUACGCUAGCAUCUCUGGUGAUGGAUACAGAGGCCACGGCGAGGAUGGUGGAGGGCGUGAUUGAUAGGAGUCAGCAAGAUUAUUUUCGGCUCAAUCCUAUUGCGAUGGGUGUGAGGAGCUUGGGAGAAUGGAAGACUAGUUGGAAAGGGAAGGAGAAGUAUUUUGAUACACUAGAGUUGGUAAAGUUGCGCACGGCGGAUUUUCUGCGCAAGGCCGAGGUGCAAAAGGAGUUAGCGGUAUGUGCGAAGUGCUUGUUGAAGGCUUUGCAAGGUAAGGACGAGACCGAGUGCAAGAUGCCUGCGGACGAGGGAAGGAGCUAGUGCCAAAAGUGUCCAGCCCCCGAAAUUACACCUGACCUUUUUGACCACGACUGGACAAGGGUGGAUUGCUGAAGAGGCGAAAACCGGCG